CGGAGAAGUCAUAAAACUAAAGGUCAGGUGCGAGUAUAACACAGAGCGUCUUUGGAAGUAUCCGCAGAUUAUGGGGGUGAGAUGGAAAGAAGGUAUUUGGGACGCGUGCCAGCGCGUCACCGUGACCUCCCGAAUUUUUCAAUCGAAAACGUCACUUGGUUGUGGACCAUCAUGUCCCGCUAGUACUUUUCCUGGGUACUGCCACCGACGACUGUCCGCGACUGGUCCCGACCAUGCCCUGUUCAUGACGCCGGGCCUCUGCAAAAAUUUCGUUCGACGCUGUCCUGAUUUCUCAUGCGCCUUCUGGGUCGUCUUUUUCCCCUGCAACAACCAUUCCAAAGACGACACUUCAGCUCAACUUCACUUUUUCUUUCAAAUUUAUCACGGCCUCGCUUCCCAUUCGCCAUACGGAAGGACGUUUGGCACCCGGAUCCCAUCCUGGAGGAAGGAAAGGCAUUCGCAUUCAAAGAUCUUACGUGGCUUUUGCGGCACGGUGCGAGACACCACCAAGUGCGCAUUGAGCCGGAUGGUUAUGUGGCUGUUUCAGAUAUUCUGUCCAACCCAAGAUAUGACCGAUUUACCCCGGAAGGCAUUCGAGAAAUGGCAGAGAUGGAUACUAGAGAACGCAUUCAACUUAAGGAGGAAUAUAACACCCACAGAACGAAGGUCUGGAUUAGGGUUAGCGGGCACCAUUCCAUUCCGUGGGUUCACCCUGGUGCCAAAAAGCUCGCUUCUUCUGCAACGACAGCAUGGGACUCAAUGGCAUUGCCGUUUUCCCAGCUUUUUUACCUCACUACUAGAGAGGACUGGCGGACCAUUCGCACGGAAGGCAUCAAGGCGGGGCAUUCGUUCAUCCAUCUCAAGCAAGAUAUUCCUGACCACUACGGACUACGUUUAGGACACUCUUUCUCGCCAGUCGUGGUCGUCAUUAACGCGUCUGUGGCCACAAGAUUUGGCGUGUCAUUCUACAUCCAUCCUUCUGGCGAGAUCUUAACUACCGGUGAUUCAAGUGGUUACAUCGAUCCCCAGACAUUUCGUGCUGCUUUUGCCGUUCAGUGGGAGCACGAGAGUCUCGUCGGUCACUAUGAGCCCUGGCUGCGCCCUCGUGAUCCUCAAAAGCGAAAAGAAUUACGACAUCUGAUUCCAGACAAAAACAAGCAACGCUUUAGAAAGCGUCCCACUCUUCAUUACCCUCCUAUCCAGGUACCAACGCGCACCAAAGUCGAUGUUAUCCUCCCCAGGAGCAAGGGCAAGGAUGCUGCAGAAUCACCUCCGUCUCCUUCCGCGAACGUCAUUUUGCAGCCACAGUAUCAGAUAGAUAUCCACCGAUCGCGACCUGUUCCUCCUCACAUGCAAGACUCUGCCAUUGCAAUGAAGGGCUAAUCCUCGUUGGUAGCAGAGUCUCAUUCCGCUUCACCCCGGGUUCGUCGCUCAACAGAAGGCUGCCGUCAUUCGCCAGAUCCUGUCAUUAGGAUGGCCAGCAUACGGCUCCGUACCUUCCAGAGGCCAUAGCCCUUCGCGUCACAUUCCUUGAACGCAUCUGACUUGAACAUCAGACUCGUCACUAGG